CAAGUAAAAGAAUUCUUUGUUCCUUUGAAACCUGUAGCCAUUCGAAUCGUCAGAAAUGCAAAUGGCAAUGUUACAGGAUAUGUAUUUAUAGAUUUCCAAUCCGAAGAUGAUCUUGAAAAGGCUUUGAAGCGAGAUAGAGAGUACAUGGGUAGAAGAUACGUUGAACUUUUUAGAAUGGAUAAUACACAAAAAACUAAACCAGUUACAACAGAUAACCAAAAAUGGCUAAAAAGGGAAAAGAAAGCAGGUGAAGUGGAAGAGGAUGUCUCUGAAUCAGGAAGAUUGUUUGUUCGAAAUUUACCAUAUACCUGUGCAGAGGACGAUUUAGAAAAAGUUUUUUCUAAAUAUGGUCCAUUGUCAGAGAUUCAUUUUCCUAUAGACAAUCUAACGAAGACACCAAAAGGAUUUGCCUUCAUUACAUUUAUGAUACCCGAACAUGCAGUGCGGGCCCUUGCUGAAUUAGAUGGUGAUAUAUUUCAGGGCAGGAUGAUGCAUAUUUUGCCAUCGAUGGUAAAAGAGGAGAAAGAUGAAAGUGAUAAUAUCUUAGGUUCCUCUGCAUUCAAGAAAAAUAAAGCCGCUCAAGAAAAGGCCAGAAGUAACAGCUCGCAUAACUGGAACACCUUAUUUGUUGGAAGUAAUGCUGUUGCUGAUGCAAUAGCAGCAAAGUACAAUGCCACCAAAAGCCAAGUGCUAGAUCAUGAAGGAAAAGGCAGUGUUGCAGUCCGUAUGGCGCUCGGUGAAACACAGAUUGUUCAAGAGACCAGGCAAUUCUUAGUUGAUAAUGGAGUUAGCUUGGAUUCAUUCAGUCAGGCUGCUGGACCAAGAAGUAAAACAGUUAUCCUUGUAAAGAAUAUUCCUGCAGACACCCAAGUGGGCGAGUUGGAGAAUCUAUUCAAGAAAUACGGAGACGUUGGGCGGGUUUUGCUUCCACCAGCUGGAGUGAGCGCUAUUGUGGAGUUCCUUGAGCCUACAGAGGCUAAACAGGCUUUUACAAAACUUGCCUAUUCUAAGUUCCAGCAUGUUCCUCUUUAUCUGGAAUGGGCCCCGAUGGAUGUGUUCUCUACUCCAGUCGCAGAAAAGAAGCAAAGUGAUAAAGAUGAUCAAGAUGUACCGGCAACAAAUGAAAAUGAUUCAUGUGAGGAAGAGGAUGAAUGUAUUCCAGGAUGCACAUUAUUUGUAAAAAAUCUAAAUUUUUCAACAGCUGAAGAAUCUUUGAAGAAGGCAUUUAGCAAAUGUGGAUCAUUGAAAAGUUGCAGUAUUUCAAAAAAGAAGAGCAGGACAGGUACCCUUUUGUCAAUGGGAUAUGGCUUUGUGGAAUACACAAAACCAGAAUAUGCCAACAAAGCUCUAAAACUGCUACAGCACACCAUGUUGGAUGAUCACCAACUGGAGUUGAAGCUAUCGGACAGAGUUACAAAGUCUGUGAACCCAGCAAGAAAGCUCCAAAAAGCAAAGGAUCAGAAGGCCUCCAAAAUUCUGAUUCGAAAUAUUCCUUUCCAGGCCAAAGUAAAAGAAAUACGGGAACUUUUCAGUACUUUUGGAGAAAUAAAGAGUGUCCGAUUGCCUAAGAAAAUGGGAGGAACUGGCACACACAGGGGCUUUGGAUUUGUUGAGUUUCUCACUAAACAAGAAGCAAAGAAAGCCUUCAAUGCUCUUUGCCAUAGUACUCACUUGUAUGGUCGACGUUUAGUACUGGAAUGGGCUGACUCUGAAGAUACAUUGGAGGAAUUACGCCGAAAAACAGCCGAGCAUUACUAUGAUUCACCAAAUAAGAAGAAACGGGUCGAAAUCCUGGAUGAAAUUAUGGAUGAUGUGGAAGGAAAAGAUUAAUUACUAUUUAUCCUUUUGAAAAGGUGUCCCAAGAAAUGGCUUAAUUUGUGCUGUGUAAGAUGCACAACCAUCAAAAAUGCAACGGGCGGCGUCAACAAAGAAAAGCACCAACGUUCAAGUUUUUUUUUUAAACACCUUGGGUCCCAUCAGCAAAUUGGAAGAAGUCAAAUGGCCUUUUUUUUUAAAUCUGAAAUGUUCUUUGGCUGUAUUUUGAGAAACUCUUAACUGCAAACAGCACAGCCUGCACAAACUCUGAUGGAUAUCAGUGACUGUUUGCAGUCUGGUCAUAAAUCAUAAUGCAUGAAUGGCACACUCUACAACCUAUUGAGCAACGUUUGUGAAAAGUAGCGGCAGUGUAAUCGAUUUUUGAACUCCCAUCUCAAACACAUGAUGAAAAACCGUUGUGCCAACUGGUUAUGUAUUCAUGGAAUACUAAAUAAACUUUAUGAGGUAAUUUGAAGCCUGACACAUAGUGACUGGAAGAUGAAAACUAAUAGCAGAAGAAAUCUACCAUGCGCAUGAAUAUCGUGCAGUUGUAUUGAUCCUGCUAUUGGAGAGAGGGAAUAGCACAACAUCUGUACAUCAGUCAUAAGCCCAAGAAUGUGGAUAGUCAGUGGUUUAUUGUUGAUUUUCAAGAUUAAUGGCAAAGAAUUUCACUGAAUUUCUAUUUUUGUAUGUUUUUUAAGUAUUGGCUGUGGGGGAGGGAGGGGAUUAUUCCUAAUGAGCCGUUCUAUUGUUAUGAGUUUGCAUUUAAAAUAUUGUACUAUCUGAUAUUUUCUGAACUAUUUUUUGUCUUAAAACUAAGCUCAGCUUUUGCGUAAACUCAGUAAAAGGAUGACAAUUUAUAUCAUGUGCGCCUUGAGUUCUGAAGUGUGUUGGUCACAUCAAACCUUUAAAUACUGAGGCUGAGGUAGUUUCAAACCUGGCAUUCACCGAAGAAUAAAGAAUUCAACACUACAAUGCGCUUAUAAUUGCACACCCAAUGCUAAUCUUAAAAAUUUCAACUGGAUUAUCCCACAUUCCUUUGAAAGAGUAUUUAUUUGGCUUUUGGGCAAAUCUCAUUUUAAAAAAAUUACUAGUUUCAUAAUUUGUGGUACUACAGGCAUGAAAGAGCAAUUACACCAGCAUAUUGCAAGCAUGUACAUUCAUAAUGGGUGCUAGGUCUGAGCUGAAGGCUGAAGUACGUGUUUCAUUAUUACGUAUGUGUAUGUGCACAUCGACACUGAAACGUUGCAUUCAGAGCCAUUAAUGUUGCAAGGUUCAGCACUUUAGACUUCAAGCUCAAUUGCUGAAUGCAAGCUUAAAAGUAAGAUACAUAAUUUACUGCUUAAGUUUAUUAUGUAACAUUUCAAGUGUUUCAUGCCACUGUUUGAUUAGAUUUUGGUUGCUGCUGUCCCCGCUGUACCUGGGCUGCUCCACUUAUGAUUCUUUAAUCUCACCUUGGAUCAUUUUUAUUAUUAUUUGAAAAGCUCCAUUGAAAUGGUGCACAAAAUCAUUUUUAUAAUAAAAUUUAAGACGUGAAUGU